AUGUCUCAAGAUAUUACACAAUUUUUUUCUAUUAAUGAAAUAAACCAACCGUUAUCAAGUUCUAGUAAAGGAAAAGAACGAGCUAUUGAACAUACACCUGAACCCGAAAUUAUUGCACUUGAUUUUGAUAAUGUUGAAAUAUCUUUACGUCGUAGUCCAAGAAAACAUCCUAAUAGUUCAUCUGUAACAAAAAUUAAAAAAAAAAAGACUAAAAUAGCUAAAAAACAAUAUGAGGAAAUUAAUAAAAAAGCAAAAGAAAAUUUAACUUUUAAUGAAUCAUGGAGAGUAGGUCGUCCUUGGCUAAUUUAUCAACAAACUGAUGAUAAAAAAGGAUUAAUGUUUUGUUCUUUAUGUAAGAAUGCGAAGUCUAAUGGUUCAAUAUGGUCAACAACUGGUUGUGAUUAUAUGAAAAUUGAUUAUGUAAAAAGACACGAAAAAUCAAAAGAACAUAAAGAUGCAGUAGUACUCCUUGAUCCAAAUCAAACUGGAAUAAAAGAAGGAAUUACUAAAAUGUUAAACAGUAGUGCUGAGAAUAUACUUACUCAAAUGAGAAAUAUUUACUUUCUUUCGGCUCAUCAUUUAGCUUUAAAUGUUUUUCCAGAUUUAUCACAAUUUGUAACAUAUCAAACUCAAAAUACUGGUAUAAUUUCAAGUGAUAAACCUUUACAAAUUCUCCGACCUCCUAUUUUACCAAAAAAAACUCAAGCUACUAUCGAAAAAAAACAGUCUAAUUAUGCUACAUAUACAAAUAAA